UACACCACUUGUUUACAUGGUGAUGAUCGUUGUACAGCUGGACCUUUGCUAUCUUUGCUAUCUUUGUCUAUCUUGUGUUCAUGGCAACUUUUUAAGAUUCUGAGUAGAGAACGAAGAUAUUGACAGUUAUCUCAUUUAUCAGCAGUAGAACCACCAAGGGCUGUCCCCGUCUACGCGUGCCCUCAAGAGGGUUUAAAGCAACAGGAGCCAGUGGCUUGCUGCAGCAGGAAAACUAAAUGCAACCAAGUCAGAUUUUAUCAAAGUCCCGUAAGGAAACUUCCCCAUUUUUUUGGUUCCUUGCUCCCUAGUCAUAUGGAAUUAUAGCACUUAUCAUAAAAUGGACUUCAAAGAAAUAUCACCAGUUCAAUGGACAGGUGAACAUGUCAAAGAAUGGCUCAAGGAAAAUAAUCACAGUAAAUUCUCAUAUCUAUUUUGUGAUCAGCAUGCAAUUGAUGGUAAAGCUUUAUUGCUCCUGACAGAAUCUGAUCUUCGGUCUUCUUCACUUGGAAUACAGGCUUUAGGGGAUUUGAAGCGGCUAAGUUUGUCAAUAAGACAGCUUCAACUGGAACAUAGUAAUGCCAUUGUUCAAAUGGGUUAUGAUUUAAGCGAACUUUUCCAAUUUCCUAAAGGAACUACUGGAUGUUAUCCUCUUUGUUCUCUACGUUCAAUCAAAGAGAGAUUAAUUAGCAAAGACCCAUCACUUUCAGAAAUUUUGGAGCGAACUGGCUCUCAUUUUCCAAGUGACUCUGAAGUUGAGAAUCAUGGCCUACCUCCUGAGAUAGGCAAAACACUUCUUAGCUUAUUUUACUUGUUUGUUGUGACAUGGAUCACAGCAUUUGUUAUGGUAGUUGUUCAUGAUAGAGUCCCAGAUAUGAAAAAAUAUCCUCCCCUUCCAGAUAUAUUUCUAGACAAUGUUCCUACCAUACCUUGGGCAUUUAGUAUGUGUGAACUCACUGGCACACUAUUACUCAUUGUGUGGCUUGGAGUUUUAACCUUCCAUAAGCACAGGUUCAUUUUACUCCGCCGCUUCUUUUGCCUAUCUGGCACUGUAUUUUUACUUCGUUGUGUCACAAUGCUCAUUACAUCACUUUCUGUGCCUGGUACACACUUGCAAUGCAAUCCUAGUGUUGAUGAGGACUGGCAAAGAUUGUUUACAGAAGAAAUGUAUACAUCACUGUCUCGGAAGAUCCAAAGAGCUUACAUAAUUUGGCGUGGAGCUGGCAUGUCCAUUCAAGGCGUUAGAACAUGUGGUGACUACAUGUUUAGUGGACAUACUGUAGCACUAACUAUGUUGAACUUUUUCAUUACAGAAUAUACUCCUCGCCACAUGUACUUCGUUCACACAUUUACAUGGAUGCUUAAUAUGUUUGGAAUUUUCUUUAUACUGGCAGCACAUGAACAUUAUUCCAUUGAUGUCUUUAUUGCAUUCUACAUAACCUCGAGGCUAUUUCUGUAUUACCAUACACUAGCCAACAACCGUUCACUUAUGAUGAGGGAUUCAAAUCGUACUCGUAUAUGGUUUCCCCUUUUCAGCUUUUUUGAAUCAUCUGUUGAUGGUAUAGUCCCUAAUGAGUAUGAAUCCCCUAUGGUACCCUUAGGUAAACUGUUUUCCAUUGUUUACCAGAGAGUUUUUCAUUUUAUACGUGAUACUCAUGUACAGUUACUUGGCACAAGAGUGAAGAACCCAGACAAAAAAUCGGAUUGAGGCAUGUUAGUAUAGAGAGAUAUUAGGAUAUGGUAGAUAUUGUUCUAAGGUCUAAUACUUUUGUUUAUGGUCACAUAGUCAUUGUUGGUUAGUUAAUUAAUUUAUGAUGCUGUUAGGAAAUGUUAAUUUGUUCUCUUCAACUAUACCUUGAAAUGUUAUAUACUUUUUUGUAAAACUUAUUUGAUUAUGUGUAGCUGUGCUUUUGCCCCCAAUAGCAUGCCUCACUUUCAGUUUUCAAAAGUAUUCUUUUUGUACACUAGAAACGGUUUCUUCAGUAAUUUAUUAGAUAUUUUGUCAAAGUUCUAGACCAGGUGGUAGUUUGGACAUGCGGGCGGAAAUCUUGUACAUGGGCGCAUUGGUUGGUCCCUCAGCCGUAUAGUUCCUGAUACAACAUGUUUUUUCUCUUUAAUUACAGCACAAUGUUUGCAAAUCUUGUACCUGGGUACUUGUAAGCAUUUUUGCAGAUGUUAGCUUAUUCUAGCAAAACACUUGCUAAAGAGAAAACAGACAUUCUAGCUGUGAGUUUUACCCAUGAUUCUUAGAAAUUGUCAUAAACGUAGACCAUUCCAAAUUUUCUGUUUCUCUUUAAACUGAAUAUUGAAAACUAUUGCUUCCAUUUUAUCUUGUGACAUAUUAGUACUCAUUACGUUGCUUAAGAAGUGUUGCAAUGAUGAUGUGUGUAUGAUUUUAGCCCCCCUCUCCCUCGUUCAUUUUACUAGUUGAAAAACUGUGACUUUGUUCCUUUCCAGUAAAAAAAAGGUUGCCAAAGAAAAAUGCAUAUGUUAGGUUAAUUAUACUGUGACACUUAAUUGGUGGACACCUUCUUUCACAAGGUUGAAACUGCCUGUUCUUGUACUGCAUUUCUGAAUGUAAAAUGAUGUGUACGUCCUCAAAAUUUCCUGUGCACUUCAAGUCAGUCAUGUGUCUAAUUUUGCGUGAAGUCAAGAAGACCAUCAAAACUACUUCCAAGUCCAUUUUACGGGCAAGCUUUAUUUCCCAGAGCACAAAAAAAUAAAUAUUGUCACAUUUGUGCUGUAUUUUUAAAGCUUUCACCAGUAUGACCUGAAAAGAUCAUUAACCACUAUAUUUGUGGAUAUCUCUCAUCUUUUUUGUGAUACUAUUUGUUCUUUAUGUAGUUAAGGGUUGUAGCAUAAAACUAAAUUAUUUAUUUUUGAACGGUUGAUGUAAUGUCAUUGUGUAUGUUAUGUUUUAAUGGACCUUCAGCCAUUAGUUAAUUGAUAUCUAUCUAUCUAUCUAGUUGUGAAUUGUAACAGUUAUCCAAUUUAGGAGGAGCAAAUGGAACAAGCACUGAUUCUUGUUCCCUAUCCUGUGAUAUAAUUAUAGGAACUUGCUCCUUUUUGGAGCAGACUAGAUGUAUCAUGAAGAAUUUAAUUUGCUAGUACCUACUUGGUUGUGGUAAAACAAGAUCCACUAUCUUUUUUUUUCUGUUACAUAUUAGGAAUAGAUUAUAUUUAAAAUGUGCCAAGUAUAAUUCCAUGUUUGAAUAGUGAAGUUCAGCAGAUUUUGUUUUGAUGGGAUUGAUGAAAUGUUAUUAGUCUCUCUGUUAUAUUCGGUCUGGUUGUCAAACAAGAUAGCAUAUCAGAGUUGGAAAACCCAUUGCUGCUUCACAUUUAAUUUUUUACAAAAAAAUAAAAAAAAUAAAUCAAAACUUUUGUCUUCCAGAAUAUUUAUUAAUUAUUAUUAAUUAUCUGAUGUGGGUUAGAUACAUGAUAUGAUAGUCCGGAAGGGUUCUGAGUCUGUCUGGUACUUGGUGCUUCCGUUUUGGUUUUCUUAGCUAAAUAAAAGUAACUGAGCACUGCCA